UAGAAUCUGAAUCCAGUGCUAUGUGACUCAAUCGAAUUCUCAAGUCUCGCUAUCCUCAAGACCAUUUCUUUCUUCCUUUGGCACCCUAUCUUUCAAUUGGACGAAUGAAUUUAUCUCGUCUGAAACUUCUGCCCGAUUCCUGAACUGCAAGACAAUGUCUGUUCGAAUCGGGCUGUGCUUGUAGUCAUCUACACGCAUAUAAGAUCUUGGUCGUAUGGAAGUAAGCUUCAGGAACGAUGGCGACAGUGUUCUACAGUCCUUUUGAAGACCCUCAGCACCCUCCGACGACACCCCCAGAAUACAAGACCGAGCAUGUCGAUCCAUUAUCAUAUGAUGAUCACGUCGAACGACCGAAGAAAUCCUGGUUACUUCAUGGACUUUGUUUUGCUCUUCACGCAGUCCUUAUCAUCCUUCAUACUCUUCUCUUGUUUGUAUGGUUCACACGCUUCGAACACAAGAUCGUCGUUCCAAUCAGACAAAAAAGCAACAUAAUAUCUACCGCCAUAGUUCAAGUUUCUCAAAUAUUCGCAACUAUAUAUCUAUCCGUCCUCAUUUUCAUCAGCCAGCAACUAGCGACGCGUCGAAAUCUGCAUGCGAGACAGACACUAACCGCGACGCAUGACAAUAUGUCCGCGUGGACUGGUCUCGGAGCAGCGCUGAUGGCUCUUUGGCGCCAAACGACAAUCGCGGCGACCGUCGUAGGGGUAUUCCUUGUCUCUGCAUAUUUUGUGUGCGUCGGGGUGUUGCACGUCACUGCUCCAGCCCUUUUUAGCCUUCAGCCGUUCAACACAUCACGCCAUUCUGUGAUAUCUACUACUCUUGGACCACCUAACAUCUCCAUAAACAACCUUGGGUCUUCCAAUCCCUCAAGCUUCUGGCUGGACUCCACGCCAGUAAUUCCGUAUCUGUCUCAUAGUGAUCGCAUAUCGAAGAUCGGUCUGGAAAAUGGAACGCUAUAUGAUGUGCUCUCAAAUAACAAGGGGGAGGGUGAAGUUUUUGUUAACGCCCUGACAUUCAAUGUCACCUGUGGAUUCGUUGAUGGCGCGUCAAUAAAACCAAUCACUAAUACUGGAAACUGGUCUGUCGAUACCGUUUACGAUGAUCACGUCCAGCCUAUUCCUGUGCUCGCUCCCAACACUUUCAAGUGGCUGCCGUACUACAGCUACAAUUUCAGGGAUCCCUGGCGUCAUGCGGUUUUCUACACCUCAGCAAACAUCACUGACUCUCAUGGCUCCAAAGGCAAUCUUGUGGGCCUGAAACCGCCUAUGCAGCCAGGAACGUAUAUGGACUCGUCACGGAAAAACGUGAGCUACUUCGACGAGGCAAUCGUUUAUACAAUGCAAGUCAUAGGUUGUACUGUCACUUUGAUCAACCAAACUGCCACCGUCGACGCGCAGUCUCAUCUCCUUCAACGUAUCUAUCCUUCCGGUCGCAAAAUAUCAUCCACCUGGUCACAGUGGAAUCCUGAAACUGUCCCUGCAAACGCCACUGUAUCCUCCUCACCAGAUGGUGUUACUACCAUCUUUGGUCGCGAUGCCCCGACCGCUACACCCAAUCCUAUCGCGUCGCACAACAAAAGGCAAGACCCGCCUGCUGGAACACAGCCGACGCAAGCGCCUCAACCUCAAAAUCCAAAUUCUCAGCCCGCGAAUCCCGACAUGAAAGCAGGUGAACCAAAUCCUCAGAAUCCUAAUCGACAACCCGCUGCUCCUGCGCAGCCACAUCCCGCACCACAAAACCCAUCCACCCAACCAUCAGAGCCUGCAGGACCCACUCAGCAACCAUCUAAUCCUCAAGCUGGGCCAAGCCCUCAGAAUCCUGAUCCACAACCCGUUGCUCCUCCACGACCGCCGCCACCGCCGCAAAAUCCCAAUCCUCAGCCUGCCCCUCCGUCUCAAGUGGCUCCUCCACAAAACCAGCAAGCGAAUCCACCACCUCAGUCAGAACCACAGCCGCAGAAUGCAAACCCACAGCCUGCGUCAGAACCACAGCCUGCCCCCAACCCGAAUCCGAAUCCUGCUCCUCAGCAGCCGGGAACUGAUAAUCCGUCGACAACUAUUGGGAGCUCGCAAUCAAGCGGAGACGGUCAACAAGGACAGGCUGGCGGUCCCAAUUCUCAACCAACUAGUGGUGAUAACGUUGCUCUGAACUCUCCAACAACCGCUAGUGGGGAUACUGUUACUGGUGAUCAAUUCGGGUCUGUUUCAUGGUACGACAUGUCGAAUGUCUUCCUUGAUGUCUGGUGGAAUCUCUUCGACCAGGCUGCCACGAGCCGUUUUCCAUCGACUGACGAUUGUCCUGGGUUCCCGUGGUCGAACCCCGACAUUUGCAAUCCCCUAACGGUGGUCGAGCAAUUUGUCAUGGAAGACCUGGGCCUUCAUCCGAUACUAUUAGAUAGUCCUGUACGGCCAGCACCCGUCGUCACCCUACACGGCCUGGAGAAUUCGCUCGCGAGCGCGACGGCUGCUUCAUACUGGUCUGCCCUGUACGCGAAAGCCGGUGGAUUGAAGAACGAUGAUCCUUACAAUGUGGAGAAUGUCAACAACUACCAAGUGGCAGCAAUGGCGGGAAAUGCAACCAUCACCUAUCCGUAUACUGCAAUGAGGCUCAAUAUCAAUCUCAUACCAGUAGCCGUCGGUCUUGGCGCUUCCAUCGGACUCUUAAUCCUAGCUUACCAGCUAGUUGGUAAACCCAUUGCUGGAGACUCCGGCGUCGAUACCAUCGGCGUUUUGCAGAUCCUAUGGUUGAUGCGCACAAGGCCCGACUUGCAGCGCCUGAUAUCUGAGGUAGACGAACCGUCCGUGGAUAAUUUACGGAGGACUGCGAUGGUCACUACGUCGAUGCAUUCGCAUGGAGAGGAGACGAGGGCGCUUGCGCCUCAGUAGUUGGGCUUGAGUACUUUUUUUUCUUGGGAUAUUGGGGGAAUCGUACUGAUAUUUUGAUGGCACAACAUUAUUAUAACCAUCGCAUUCGAACGUCUGUGCAAUGUGCCAAAA